AUGUGGGAAGAAUUAAUUCUACAAAAUUUUCCUCAAUUAGAAAAUUUUUAUUUCCAUUAUAAUGUAGUUCCACAGGAAGAAGAUGACUUUAUCUUUCUUGGUUGUGUAUGUGAUCAAUUUAUUUCUUCAUUUUGGAUAAAACGACAAUGGUUUGUUGAAGUUGCUAUUAAACAUGACACUAUUUCUAUUAUUAUUAAACCACACAGACAAAAAUGGUAUGAAUUUAUUAAUAUUGACAACGAUGAUUUUAAUGUUUAUCAUUCGACUCUACUUAUUAUUCGAUAUAAUCCUAUAGAUGAAAUCGAAUGGAUUGUAGAUGUAGCAACAAUUUAUCAUUUAGAAAUUAGUGAAGAAGAUUUUCUCAUUGGUGCUAUAUUCGAAAUUAUGAAUCUCUUACCUGAUCUUGAUUCAUUAAAACUAUCGUCUAUAACAUUAUCAACUACAACAUUAUUAUCGAUUGAGGAACGCGAAGAAAUUGAUUUUAUAGUAGAUAAUAAUCAAAUUACAAAAGUUUAUCUUGAAAAAAUGAAUAAAUUUGAUGAUGUUCUUUUUCUUAUUGAUCUACUUUCUGAACUAAAAUAUCUUUAA